CGCCAUAUCCCGCGGCGGUGUGAAUUUGGUCAGUGGGAAGCCUGUGCCGAUAUGCCGGUCGACGUGGUCACCUCGAUGCCGGCGCGCUAUCUAGCCAGGGCGCCGCCACCGCAGCCGUCGUCGCCAGAUGCGGAACAGCGGCGGUGGAGUGCCGAGAUGAUGAGCGGGCCUAUAACAUUAGUUGGGCCUGACAAGCGUCACAGCCAAGCAGUGCAGGUGAAGGUGUACCGCACGUCGCUGGAGCACUUCGCGGUGGUGUUCCCGCAGAAGAAGGUGUGCCGGCCGCUGGGCGUGGUGAACCUGCGGCACGCGACCGUGUCCCGGCCAGAGGGCGCGCCGCUCGCCUUCAGCGUACGCCACAAGGGCUGCGACGCGGCGGAUGCGAGCCUCACGUUCGUGGCGGCGACGGCGCGGGACCUGGACUCGUGGCUGGAGGCGUUCAGCCCCGCCGCCCCCUCGUCCCCCAGUGCAGCGGCCGCCGCCGCCCCCUGCCCCUUGCCUGCCGUCGCCGAGGACGAGGAGCUGUAGUCCGCCCGAGACAUCACCCCACACUACCUGCACUACUCUCGCCCCGGUGCCCAUCUGCUGUAUCUGCCUGCAGCCUGCUCACAGCUGGAGAGUCUGCAGAGGUCCUACGUGUCGUCACGUGCGCGGGGAUACCCUGGAGAACUCUCUAUUGCACGUGAAAGAGUCGUCGCUCAACUGAUUUCCCUUUCCUUUAACCCUUCGAGGAGAGUGGAUAAGCGACAGAGAGAAGGUAGGUUAUGCGAACUGUAGUCAGCCACUCACUUAUUGCGUUCCUGAGUGUAGGGACCGAGACCCGCAACAAAUACACAGCCCAGAGGAUUUGGCAAAGUGUGUAGCUUGCCACAAUUUUUUCUGCAGUCUUUCUAAAUGUGAUGUGGUGUAUCAGGGACACAAAAAAGUGCACAGGAGCUGCAAAUUUGUGCAGGAAUAAUAUAGUAACUGCAGAUUAUAUCAGACUAAGAAGAGUGAGCAGUUGUUUUACAGUGUGAAAUUGAUGUAACAACAGGGCUGCAGACAAUAUGCAUGUCAUGAUCGAAAAUUGAAGGAAUAUACAGGGACCGGUUACUUACUCCAAAACAAGAAAAAAAGUCUAGUAAACAAGGGCUCUAAAAAGCAUAACUUAAGAACACUGACCAUUUGUUCAGUAGAUGAGAUAUGUUUACACUAGUGAAGAUAAACAAAUGCUGAUAGCUCUUAAGGUAUCCAUUUUAGAGCCCAUGUUUACUAGACAUUUUCUAAUUAAGGAACCUGUCCCUAAAGUUUUUUGACGUUUUUGGUGUACACUAGAUAUGCUCCCAUCAGGUAAUGUCUUAUUGGGUACUAUUAUUGUGUAAAUUUUACCAGUGAGAUGGUAUCUGACUAACUUUCCAUACUCUCCAUUUGAUGAACCACUUAAUGGCAGAAACACAAAGAACAAGAACUGUUAUCUGAUACUGUACCAGAAAAGUUUCAUUACAAAAAAUGGUUCAAAUGGCUCUGAGCACUAUGGGACGUAACUUCUGAGGACAUCAGUCCCCUAGAACUUAGAACUACUUAAACCUAACCAACCUAAGGACAUCAUAAACAUCCAUGCCCCAGGCAGGAUUCGAACCUGCGACCGUAGCGGUCUCAGUACAAAAACUGUUAUUUUUAUCUGAUAUUCCUUGUAUGUCUCUAAAUUUCUGUAAACUGUUCCAUUCUCAUUGUACAAGUAAUCAUAGGCCUUUGUUACUUGGUCAUUAAAGGAACACCAAAACUAAAUUUAAUUGGCCAUUUAAAUCAACUCAAGAAAUGGUAAAUACCAAAAAUGUUACUGUGGCACUGAAAACACAGCAAGGGAAAGAUUCAUGACAUGCAUUUCUGUAGUUCUAGCAAGGUAAGUCCUGUAUAACUGGUCCUAUUGUUCACUCUGUCCCCUACCUCAGGAAUGCUCUGAACUGACCUUUUACGAAGUGCUGCGACAAAAAAAUCUGAAGGUGGUAUAAGGCAGAGCUGUAUCUCAUUGUUAGUGCAGCAGAGAGGCAGUUACUUCAAAUUUCACAAUAAGACAAAAAUGCUGCAAGUACCUACUGAAGGAGGUUGUAAACUGAGUCAAGUGUUUAUCAAAGAUGUGUGCUUCCAUACUGAACUGUAUUUGAAACACUGUUCAUUUCAUUCAGAUAAGAUUAUGUGGAUGACAUAUCUUAAAAUGUGUCUAAUGUAUCUUGAAUUCUGUAAAUGGUUCUGAGCAAAUGUUUGUCAUUAACACUCACUAUAGUAUAUUGUAAUAUAAUCUUAUAGCUUCAUCCAAUUUUCGUGAUGUGCAAGUUCCAGAUCUUUGAAUAGUGAACUUGGCAUGUUAGCACCAACAAAGGUCUCCCCCUUUAACUCUUUAGUUGACAUUCAUUAUUAAUACCAGCCAAUAGAAGUGAAAUGAUAUAUUUCUUGAAAACCUUUCACAAUUUCUGAGAGUAAUUUUGAAACAAUAUGUCUGUGAGUUAUUCAGAUGAGACCAAAUUCCAGUUUGACUUACUUGUGGAGUCCCCAGCAUUUUUCAAGUAAAACCUUACAGCAGUGUUAAAAGUUAUUUCUGUCAAAUGCAAGUUCAUGUUAAACAUUGCAGUUAAUCUGUAACUCUUUGUGCUGACUAUGACCAAACCAGUAGUAACUCUGAAUGUAGUGUUUCAUUUUGUAUAAAAUACUCUUGGUACAACACUAAGUUAAAUAGUAAAAUGAUCUAUAUACUAUACAUGUAUCAGUCAGUACUGUUUAUUUUGGAGGUCACUUUUUCAUAGAUUAUACAAAAAGAAAUGUACAUAGCAUUUAUAUGAGGAGACUAAUUUUAUAGUUGAAAAUCUCCCGACCAAAACGGUAUGUUUUCUAUAGGAACAAUAUUUUCUGUAAAUUUUCGACCAAUGUAGGUACAUUUCUACAUGACUGAUGUUUUCUCUCUACUAACUUGAGUAUAUAGGAAGGGUACAGUUAUUGUAUUGUACAUAAACAAAUUCUGUAGGUUGAUCACAGGCAUGUUCCUCUGUAAGGUUUCAGACUUCUAUUCGAAGGUGAAUUCAAGUUACGUUGACAAUGCAUAAAUUGUAUAAAUUUAAUUUGUAUGCUGUUGGGAUGCAACAGAAUAUCUGAUGCUUUCUCACUAAUACAUAUACACUUUUGAACUUCAGUGCAUUUAAGUAAUUUUUACAAUUUUUUGUAAUUUAUAUUCAGCAGUUUUCCACUAUCAUAUGUGUUUAAUGCAGUACUUCAUUGCUGUGAUUUGUACUGUUUUAGUUUAUUAGCACUUCACAUGAAUACAAACAUGUGGUCUGUCUGUGAUAAUUAUUUUUAUAGAUUAUUUAUUAUUAUGUUGAAGUAGUUUUGAUAUUUCAUGUUUCUGUAGCAAUCCUCAGUGGGCUGUCUUUCUUUGUGGUGUACGGAAUUUCUUGUCUUGCUUGUCAUCAGUAUUUGAUUUUUUGACUGUUAUGUGUGAGAGUUAUUUCUGCCACUGAAAGUUAAAAUUUUGUUAAAUUUAUGCCAAAGACUAUUUUUGUUGUUUAUUUAUUGACUUCACUAUGUGUUUUGAGCUUUAGCAGUCAACUUUAUAUUUCAGUGAACACUUGAUUGUGUGAUUGUUUGUGUAAUGUGAAUUUUAUGGUGUAUGUCUUAUGUUUGUGAAAACUUGUGCUUUUUAUUGUGUAAUAUAUGUAUCUGUUUGUCAUUAAAUCUGUAUUAAAAACAACUGGAACUCAAAUAUAUGAAAAAAUUUCAUUGAUAAC